AUGGCCAUUUCUUGCCAGCUAAAAACGCUUUUUGGUGAGCCUGUUGAAGGCGUUUUUGUGGAGCUCAAAUGCGAACAGUACCCUGAGCAACACUUCAGCGGAAUAUCUGACAAGUCAGGGAUGAUAGACGAAUGGAUGAGCAUUAGCGACCAAAAAGUCCGAAGAAUUCGUUACACUCCAAACAUGCAGGGUUCGCAUUUGCAAAUGCGUACUCAUGCCCAGCCUGUUUUUGGCGAAAUGCCCCUAAAGACCUGGAACAGAAUUAGGUUGCCUCAAAGAGGCUACGCCCACAUUCUUUUCCUUGUGCAUAGAGACAUGUACGCGACUAUCAAAGACGGUGCUUCCCUUGUUGAAACACCAGGAACUGGCUUGAGCGAUCUGACGUUCAUCUUUGCCUCCUCUGAGUCUAAGAACAAUUUACCAGGUCCGCAGACACAGGGCUUCAACUUUGGCACACUCAUACCCUAUGACAGAGCCCACGGCUUAGAAGAAAGCGGGACCGCAGCUGACGUUAGUCAUGAGGCACGUUGGCAAGCACAAAGGGUCGCGCUGCAGCCCAAGCAGUUGAGGCGCUCAGCCAGGCUUGCCAAGCAAUGA